GAAAGCUAGAGUGGAAGGAAGCCAAAUUUAUCACGGCGUCGGAAUUUAAUCAGCUCCUCCUCCACCACCACCAUCAAUCAGAAUAAUGCAUCUCUCCUUUAAUGAAUGUAUCUAUAAAUGCACAUAGUCACACACCACAUGAUCAUCCCCAAAUUGAGAAGAUAACACCUAAGUUAGCAAAAUAGCCGCACACAUAUUCUCUGAUGUCCCAUCUACCUAUCUGACUAACUCCAUUUCUCCAAAUAGCUAAACCAUCCCCCUCCCCCCCCUUUUUUUUUCCUUCUUUCCUUCCCGAGUUUUACAUAUAUUCUUUCGGGGGUUAGUUCCUUAAUUUGCGUCUCUCUCUCUCUCUCAAUCUUUUUUUUUUUUUGGUUUCAAGGGGGUUACAUAGUUCCGUUGUGGCAAUAUUCAAUUCGUGUACACACUAGUCAAUCCACACAUUAAGGGCUAAUUCAUUUUGGGAUUCUCAUUCCUUUUAUGUUCUCUUCUUAUUGACUUAUAAAAUCUCGUUUUGGCAUAAUAUAUAAAUCUCCAGCUCAUACUUCCAACCUUCGGUCAAAUGCUAUACUUAUACAUGUAACACACAGUACACACAAAUACACACAGCCAUCAUCUUCCCUUGCAGUAUAAAUAGAUGCAUACAUUACUGGGCAUCGGAAGAACAAGUUUUGAUUAUCUCGGUGGUCAUGCGUACAUAAAUUAUAGAGCUCUUACUUCUCUGCCCGUUGCGAGCCAAUUAAGCAAAACUGCACGAUAAUCACGUUCUACCGCUUCGGGCAACCUGUUAAGCGUUUCGAUUUCUACACGUGUGUUAUUGCCACAUCUUCAACUCCAAUAUUCCACUACUUGCUUUUUCCGCUUAACAAGUUUCAUCUUUCCAGUACUACCUUAUAUAUUAGACCGUACCAUCGCGGGCGAUACUUUUUUUUUUACGCCGCCGAUGAUGAUGAACUGCUUACAAGGCUGGCCGGAACCCAUUGUGAGGGUCCAAUCUUUGUCGGAGAGCGGAAUCCGGGUUAUCCCUGAGCGUUAUGUAAAGGGCCCUUCUGAUCGGCCGUUACUCUACCCCGCCGCGGCUGCUAGGGGAGUGGAACAAAUUCCGGUGAUCAACUUACGUGAGAUGUACGCUGGAGAUGGGUCGGUCCAGGAAACGGCGAUGGGUAAAAUAUCGAUGGCUUGCAGGGAAUGGGGAUUUUUCCAGGUGGUGAACCACGGGAUCGAACCGGAGCUGAUGAAGCGGACCCGAGAGGCGUGGCGGGAGUUUUUCCACCUUCCGGCGGAGGAGAAACAGCGGUAUGCGAAUUCCCCGACGACUUAUGAAGGAUACGGUAGUCGGCUGGGAGUGGAAAAAGGUGCAAAGUUGGAUUGGAGUGAUUAUUUUUUCCUCCACUAUCUUCCUACUACGCUUAGAGAUCACAACAAGUGGCCUCAUCUGCCAUCUUCAUGCAGAGAACUGGUUGGCAAAUACAACGAGGAAUUAGUGAAACUGAGUGAAAAAUUGAUGAAGAUAUUAUCAAUAAGUCUUGGAUUGAAAGAGGAGUCGCUUCAAGAAGCAUUUGGAGGUAGAGAGCAAAUCGGAGCAUGUAUGAGGGUAAAUUUUUACCCAAAAUGCCCGCAACCGGAUCUUACACUGGGCCUUUCUUCACAUUCGGAUCCUGGUGGUUUGACCCUUCUCUUACCUGAUGAAGAUGUUUCUGGCCUCCAAGUCCGUCGUGGCCAUAACUGGAUCACAGUUAAACCUGUUCCUAAUGCUUUCAUUGUCAACAUUGGAGAUCAAGUUCAGGUGAUCAUCGAUCUUUGUUUCAUUCCUUGUGCCUUUUUUCAUCAUUUAAGUGGAAUUGUCAAUUCAAUUUGUGUGAUACAUUUUCUCCUACGUUCAACUGCAGUUUUACUUUUUAUUUUGAUAUACAAUAUCUAUUCUGGUGGAUUAUUAAGUACAUUCAGUAUAUAAUAUUCAUUGGAAAAAAAUUUUCCAAGGAGAAAUCAUAAAUCCACUUUUUAUUUCAAAAAAUAUGCAAUAGCGUUGUUACAUGUGGUAUAGUUUUAGUUUAACAGAAAGUGAAUUAUUGUUAUUAUUAUUUUAUUAUAAAAUAGUUUUAAUAUACUUCUUUGAGCAAUUAUUUUAUGCAUUGAAUAUAUCUUUUGGAGGAUGACAAAUGAAAAAUGUUGGGUGUAUUUGUUGUAAACGUCAGAAUAUUAAAGUUUUAAUAAAAACACAGAGGGUGAAAGUAGUGGCGGAGCCAAAAAUAUUUUUUAGUGGGACACAAGAAUAAUAUAUAUCAUUCAUCAAUUUUUCAUUAACUUUAUAAGUAUGCGUAUACACGUGAUUUGUACAUGUUUUGCACGUGAUUUGCAUGUGAAUUGUAUGUCACUAAUGUCAAUUAUAUAUAUAUAUAUAUAAUAUAAUAACAUAUCAUGAUUAAAUGGAUAAAAUAUAAUUGUUAGUAAUGACGUUCUAUUUUUAUAAAUUAUAAAUGGCAUAUAGUAAAUUAAAAUAAUAAAAAAAUGAUGUAACCGCACACCAAACACAAUCCGUACACUUGCUAGGUAGGGGAUCUAACUUGGAAAUAAUAUACCGAAAAUAGUCUUAAAAAGAAAAUUUGUGCUUUUCACACAUUGAUGGCAAGUUUCCUUUUCGUUGUGCUCUUAGGGCAGAAAAUUCAAAAGAUACUAACCUAAUUUUAUUUUAUUUUUUAUUUUUGAAAAGGAUACUAACCUAAUUAAACACGUGAAGAAUAUGAAAAAAAAAAUACUACAUAGUACUUAAUUUGAUUUCUAAGGUAGUUUUUUACUUCCUUUUCUUGGGUGCACAGGUGCUAAGCAAUGCCAUUUUCAAAAGCGUGGAACACCGAGUAAUUGUGAAUUCCAACAAAGAGCGAUUGUCUUUAGCUUUUUUCUAUAAUCCAAAGGGUGAUAUACCCAUCAAGCCUGUUCCAAAACUUGUGACCCGGGAUACUCCUGCCAUAUAUUCUCCCAUGACUUUCAAUGAGUAUAGAGUUUUCAUCAGAACUCAAGGCCCUAGUGGCAAGUCUCAUCUCGAAUCCCUGAAAUCUCCGAGAUAGAUAUCGAUCUACUCCAUCAAAAAAUUGUAAUCAGAAGAUCUGAAUUCGAUCGAGAUAUAUAU